CGGGUGCAGGUGAGCAGCACCGUUCUGGGGAAUUGACGCGGCCGUUGGUUCCCGUUAACGGUCACACCGACCGUUCCUCAGAACCGGUGAAUUGACAUUGGGGGGUGGUGGUGGUGAAGAUUGGCAAAAAGGAUCGUAUUGAGGGGAGGCUUACAGGACCCACCAGCCAUGAACGUAAUCAAAGGUGGCCUGGCACUGUUCUCUGCCAACUCGUGUUCAGCCUACACAGAAUUAGCCAGAAAAAUUUCAGAGCGACUUGGCGUAGAACCGGGUAAAGUUCAAGUCUACCAAGAAGCUAACAGAGAAACAAUAGUACAGAUUCAGGAGUCUGUCAGAGGAAAAGAUGUGUUUAUUAUUCAGACUGUUUCAAAGGAUGUCAAUUCCACCAUUAUGGAACUUCUUAUCAUGAUCUAUGCCUGUAAGACCUCAUGUGCCAAGAAUAUCAUUGGUGUAAUCCCUUACUUUCCAUACAGCAAGCAAUGUAAAAUGAGGAAACGAGGUUCCAUUGUGUCCAAGCUUCUCGCAUCCAUGAUGUGUAAAGCUGGCUUGACUCACUUGAUUACCAUGGAUUUGCAUCAGAAAGAAAUCCAAGGAUUUUUCAAUAUUCCAGUUGAUAAUCUGCGAGCAUCCCCAUUCCUCUUACAAUACAUUCAGGAAGAGAUCCCUGAUUACAGAAAUGCAGUGAUUGUCGCAAAGUCACCAGCAUCUGCCAAAAGAGCACAGUCUUUCGCUGAGCGGUUACGUUUAGGAAUCGCAGUGAUACAUGGUGAAGUGCAGGAUGCAGAGUCAGAUUUGGUUGAUGGCCGGCAUUCACCACCUACAGUGAAAAAUGCAGCUGCUAUACAUCCCAGCCUGGAAAUACCUAUGGCAAUUCCAAAGGAAAAGCCUCCAAUCACAGUUGUUGGAGAUGUAGGAGGAAGGAUAGCUAUUAUUGUGGAUGACAUAAUUGAUGACGUUGAUAGCUUUUUAGCAGCUGCAGAUACAUUGAAGGAGAGAGGGGCUUACAAAAUCUAUGUAAUGGCAACUCAUGGACUUUUGUCAUCUGAUGCACCCCGAUUGAUAGAAGAAUCUGCAAUUGAUGAGGUGGUAGUAACCAAUACAAUCCCACAUGAAAUCCAGAAACUCCAGUGCCAUAAAAUAAAGACCGUUGACAUCAGCAUGAUCUUAUCUGAGGCCAUUCGAAGAAUCCACAAUGGAAGGUUUCCUGAUUAAUGGUCAAGUGACCAUUGAGGCAGGUAGACUUUUUAUGUGUGUAUGAGGUAACGUUGCUGAAGAGUGGACCCCAGGGAUCGCACCAAAGACACCCCUGCUCCCGCCAUGUACAGCAUAGUAAUGUCUCCACCUCAGAAGAGAAUUCAAAACCAGAACGUUUCCCUGGCUUUCUAAUAGAUUGAGUGCUUCACCAACUGUGCCCUGAACCAGUUUUUAAAAAAAUAUCUUGUUUGCGUGUUAAAUGUGUGAUCAACUGCAGAUAAUGCAAACACUAUCUGGUUAUCAUAUUGCUCUAUUAGAACUAUGUAACUGAAUAAUAAGACUAGAGAAUAUGAGAAAAUAGGCUUGGAAUUUUGCAUACUUUCUGGGUUUUUACAUAAUUUGUUCCCAAUUGGCUGGUAAAUGUGUUCACUGAUCAAAGUAUAUAUUGACUGGCUUAACAAUUUUAUAAGAUUUUUCAAUGUUAUAUUAAGUAAAUGGCAGUGGAAGUAGUAGUGUUACCAUUACUUGAUAGCUACAAUUUGUUUGAUUUUGAUUAUUUAUUACUGUGCAACUGUGUCAAUUUAAAAAAUUUUCUCUGCCAUUUCUUCCCCUAACUUCCCAGCUUUAAAUUGGACUUUGUUUUAAAUAUAUUUCUGUUUAUCAACGAAACUGACUGGAAGGACUUAAAGAACUUUUGCUGAUCAAGUUCUGUUAGCAUCAGUCGUGGUUGUCAUUGAUCCAAAAGCUUUGAAGCUUCAUUUUCAACUCUGUAUCUUCUUUUGAGUGUUUCUAAUUGUCAAUGCAGUUUCAGUGAUGUGGUUACUGCUUCCCUGUUGAAGGCAAUCAUUCAAAAUUUAGAAAUCACAAAUAGGCAGAGUGAAAGUAUUGCAGCUUUUUUUUCAAUGGCAGUUUGCAGUAGGACUUUUGCUAGAAAACAAAUUGAGGUUGUUCAUAUUCUUUUUAUGUAGGACUGAUAAUAUCAGCGUGAAGAGAGAUUUUGCCUUUGAGCCUGGGCAAAAUCAACAGCAUGGUCCCUGAUGUACAAGGACAAGGUCUUGCAUAAUGCUCCAUCUCUUGCCAAUUCUGCUGUGAUAAAAUCUAAUAAAGCUUCAAUAGGAAAGAUGAAUGUUUUUAAUUUAUUUAUUUUUUAGAUUUUGAUGUCUUUGUAUAUUUAUAAUAGAAACGUAUGCAUUAUACACAGCUUUGCAAAGGUCUACAAAACACUGAAAAUUACUAUUAAAGGUUUCUGUGCACUUGCCCAUCUGUUAUUUUGCAAUGGGCCACACGGCCAUGUUUCCACAGAAUCUUGGUAUUUGUACGUCUUGCAUUUAGCUGAAGUGUAACAAAAUUAAUUAAAAGUUUGGAGAAAAAAGCA